GCUGUAACAUGCUGUAACCAUCCAUGGCAAGCCCACCUCCUUUGGAGGAAAUUUCAAGUCCAAGCGAGGAGCCAAAGUUGAUUGGAUCAAAGUCUGCUGGCUGGUUGCCUUCCAUUCGGCCACUUUCAGGGGUUACGGCCCUUCGCCUGCAGCAGACAAAGUUUCUGUCAGUGCCGCAUGGCAGUUUCUCACCGGCUUCGACCCAGACCCCCCUAGCAACCACAUUGGAGGACUGGACAUUCUCUGAUGGUUGGGGUACAUCUUCCAGGGCAUUCCAACAGGUGUCUGCUAUGAAUGACAGCCAUGUCGGGCUUCGCAAAAGCAAGUCAGACGGUGCCUUGCAUGGUCUGUCCCCAAAGGCUUCCUGUGAAAAUGCUCGAGCCGGAAGCACCAUAUUCGCCUUGGGAAAGCAGAAGCGAUCUGGAGCAACUUCGUCAGGAAAGACUGAAUUCGUUGACCAGGCUAAAUUGGUGAAAGACUUUGACAAGUUGACUUCAGCCUUGGGAGAGGUCAAGAACUUGUUCGAGGGCUUUGAUCCACGUAGAUCGCCUAAGAAGAAGAUGACUCUUGGUGAUCUUCUUGCAGGUGCCCACGGCCAAAAGGACGACAGUGGCCAAGGAGACGAUGGUGAUGCCGAAGAGGCCCUCCGGGAGGCCAAAGAGCGCUUGGCCGAAAGGCUGCAGGCCUACAAAUUUGCACGCCGGAUAGAACCUGAAAUGCCUUCGUUGGGACCACUUCCUCCCAGUGGCCUUUCGCCUAGGAAGGCACCUCUACAAACUCUUGUGGUCCGCAACACAUCACAAGAGGCCAUCCGGGUGUGGCUCCCACACAACCGCAAAGAAAGGAUCUGCAUGUUUGCCGAGGACAGAGAUCACCGACGCCGAGUUUAUCAGAGCCAGCGGAUCCGGAUGAUGGAGGAAUCUGCAAGUAUCUUGCAGGAGGACCUUGAGCGAAAAGAGGAACAAGCAAAAAACGCUGUGGAGACUCGAAAGCUUCAGGCCAAGUUGCGAACAGAAAGCAGGGACUUUCCGGCAGCAAAAUGGUUUGCGCUGAUAUGGGCAGCUGGCUUUCUGCGGCAGAUCCAGCAGGAUCAGAAGCAGCGCAAAGUACCCGUUUUGGAGCGUGUGAGCUACUUGAAGGAAAACCAAGACAGUUUGCUUGUGAAGAGGUCCAAACUAACUUCUCCACAAUUGAAGGAGGCGCUUCGGAUGGAGACUGUAGUGCAAAGCCCUGCUGUGUCAAGGCUUUUCACGAGCUAUGUGGCAUCAGUCAAGAUGCGGCGCAAAAUAUCGAUGGCAAAGGUGAACGCAAGGAAGGUCUACCAGGCGAUGCGCAGUUGGCAGGUCGCUGGUCGAGUUAUUUUUGCACUGAAGAAUGUGGCUUUUCAGGCUCGAAAGCUUCAAAGGUUCUGGAGAGCAUGUUCAGUGCGGUUGCAUGAUCAGCGGGAUAAGAUUUCUCAGCGCUGGGAACGCCUGGAGCGACAAGAACUCACCCAGGAGUUUUCCAAGUGGGAGCGCCCUCCUGCAGCGGGCCGCCGUGGUUCAACGGCCUCCCUGUCGAUGGAAGACAAGAUCUCACUGGAAAUGGUCCCAAAGGCUGAAAGAACCACGUUCCUGGAGCAUGAAUUAAGGGCAAGGCGUUACUUUCUGCUGCCUGCAAUCGCGAAUUGGGAGAAAGAGUGCCAGCAGUGGCAUGAAAAUUACAGUCGGCGGCUUGAGUCAAAGAGGGCUUACCAAGCGAUGGGUCAAGAGUUUGAAGAGUCAGCAGACAAUGCCUUUUCCUUUCCACCAAGCCGACCCAUGCAUUUGCCACCUGCACAUCCAGUGGGUGAGGCAACCAGAGGGGCAAUCUGUUCCAUUGGCUGCCCGGGCCGAAGAGGUGACGAGGAAAUCUUGGACAUGUGGCGCCGAUGUCGACAAGAUCCCUUGAGCUGGAAACCUGUGCCAAGGACGGGCGUGAAAGAGUUUGCAACAAAGAAGGAAAAAAGGGUUGCCCUUGCAGAGGAUUCGCCGAAGUUUACAUCGCUGGAUGCCUUACUGGACAAUGACAAGGAUCAAUUCUUUGGUGAUGCACCAGAUGCGGAAGCGAGAGCCUUCGGUGUUGAUGCUGCGUUGAUGCCAGGUGGUGAGCCACCAGCAGAAGAUGAAGCAUUGCCAGUGUCACUACCGUGUUAAUUGCGAUCAAACGGCUAACUGGCUGGCACAAGUAGAAAACAAAAAACAGCUCUAAGCUCAGGAAUGGUUGGUAAUUGGUGUU